UUUUGGGUUGCGUCAAUUACCAUAGGAAUUUCACGAAAAUGUUUUGUAUUUUUUCGUUUCAGAUCAUUUUAUGAUGGAUUCCAUCAAAAACCCAAUUGUUGUCACGUACUUUCGUACGUACAUCGAACGGACCUUUCGUUCAGUCUACAGGCCGAAUGGGUUAACCGAUUAGGACGCAAUUUUCGAGUUUUACAUCGGAGGAACCAGCUGAUGGGAUUUCAAUCGAAAAAAUUUCAGAUUUGGCCCUAUUAUGGGUUCGAGAAGCCCUCUUCCGGUUUUUUGGGGAAAAAUUAUUAUACGGACAUAGUAACCCGUAUAAAACCCAAAUUUUGGAUAAGUAUCCUACGUGUAUAUAUACACGUCCUUUGGUAGUCGAACUAUGGAGUUUUUGUACAACAUAGGGCCGUAGGCGUAUUUUGUGAUUUUAGGGGGCUUUACCUUUCUUUUAGGGUAGGCCAAAUAGGUUGACUGAUUGGGACCCUAUUUUUAGUUUUUACAUCGGAGUAAUAAUAUAUUAAGGUAGCAACCCGUAUAAAACCCAAAUUUCGGAUAUGUGUACUGCGUGUAUAUCUACACGUCUUUGGGUAGUCGAACUAUGGAAGUUUCUGUAAAGUCAUUUCUGUAAAGGUUAAAUUCAACAAUGUAUUAAACGCCAAUAUGUUUGUAAUUUUAAAAUAAACUAAGUAUACGAUCUGAGAUUCGCGUAAUAGGCUGAACGAAGAAAACAGGACCAUGUGGUUGGAUUAGAGUCAAUCAUUUCAAAUUAUCAAUCAUGCACACCUAAUCAUAGAUUCCGCAUACACAAUGUAAUAAAUUUUUUAUAUUUCAGUGAAAGAUGCACAACAGAAGUGGAAGUCCCUGAGAGACUACUACAGAAAAGAAAUUCGAAAAAUGCAAGAGGAGCGAUCGGGAUCCAGUGCUGACACCAUUUACAAGUCGAAUUGGCCCUAUUUUAUGUUAUUGGAUUUUUUGAGAUCUCAGUUCAAGACGAGACCUACUUCAGGUAACUUAAAAGAGAAAAUCAAACCUAACAAGUGCUUGGACUCAGCAGCUACGGAAGGCGUUCCUAUGGCAAGCGACGAAAACUUUGAUUUUGAAAAUAGUCAAAUUGAGGAGUCCUAUGCAUCUAAUCAGCCUCCAAACGAUACAGAGGCUACUGAGAUGAGAACUGAUAGAGACAUGAAUGAUGACUUAGUACAUCCCAACACCUUCAAGAAAAGUGCUAUAAAAAAGGACAGUUUAACUAAGUUAGUCCAAAUUGAAGAAAAAAAAUGGGCUAUACUAGAAGAAAAACGUGGAAGUAGGCAUACAAUCAUCGAAAAACCUGAUGAAGAUUUGCAAUUUUUUGAAAGCCUUCUCCCCCACAUAAAACAUAUCAAUGGUGUGGAUAAAUUACGUUUUAGAAAUGAAGUUCAAAACUUAGUAAUAAAAUACGCGUAUCCAACUAACACAAAUCAGCAUUCUGUAUCAUCUGAGAGCACCAAUCUACAUUCUCGAUCAUCUACAAGCCGAUCUGUGUAUCACUCUGAAACAUCUACGCCCUUACCACAGCAAGAUGAGGGUAGUAAUUCUAUCUUGGAUUUGGAUUCUUGGAAUUCUGCUAAUAGUUAUUCUCCAUAUUAACAGCAUAACUAUUUUCCUACAUCACAAAGUGAAAUAACAAGCUAUUUGUAAUGUGUUUAAAGUAAUAAUAAAUAAUGUUAUUUAAAUUCAAAUGAUCAAUUACUUCCUUUGGUUUAACAUUUUUGAAACUAAGUCAAAGUCAAACAAUCAUAACCACAAGUUAAACAUGGUUCUUACCUUAAUGUUAUCACUAACUUCUCUGCAGGUUCUAUUGGCUGUUGAAUGAAAUUUGUGUAUUUCGAGGCCAUAUGGGGACUUAUGAGAUUCAAAAUAUAUUCAAAAGUACUAUAAUCCAUUCGAGUGUAUUGAAAAAAACGAUCAGGGUAUUUCUUCAGUU